UCAACAUUUGUCAGCUGAAUCCUCUCAUUCGAGAUCACAACCGGGUCCUUCCUUUCUCCUGUUCUCUUCUUUUAACGCUGACGCAGAGCCUUCUACCACUCUGCAAUUGUUGUUGUGAUACUCGUUUCAAUCACUUUUACUUGCAUCAUUCGAAUGGCUACGAAUCCCACUCCAGAUCUUCCCUCAGAUACUCAGAGGACUCGGGAUAACAAUUCACUGGUUGUUUGCUUUGGGGAAAUGUUGAUUGACUUUGUACCAACGGUUGCUGGAGUUUCACUUGCUGAAGCACCCGCUUUCAAGAAAGCUCCCGGUGGUGCUCCUGCUAAUGUGGCUGUGGGCAUUUCCAGAUUGGGUGGUUCAUCAGCUUUUAUAGGCAAGGUAGGUGAAGAUGAGUUUGGGUAUAUGUUGGCUGACAUUUUAAAACAAAACAAUGUUGACAAUUCAGGCAUGAGGUUUGACCACAAUGCAAGAACUUCACUGGCUUUUGUUACACUCCGAGCUGAUGGUGAACGUGAAUUCUUAUUUUUCCGUCAUCCUAGUGCUGAUAUGCUUCUUCAUGAAUCAGAACUUGAUAUAGACCUUAUUAAGCAGGCAAGGAUCCUCCAUUAUGGUUCAAUUAGUUUGAUUGAUGAACCAUGCAGAUCAACCCAUCUUGCUGCGAUGAGCAUUGCCAGAAAGUCUGGUUGCAUCCUCUCCUAUGAUCCAAACUUGAGACUGCCAUUAUGGCCAUCGGCAGAGGCUGCUCGGAAGGGCAUAAUGAGUAUAUGGGACCAGGCAGAUAUUAUUAAGAUAAGUGAGGAAGAAAUUGUAUUUCUGACUGGUAGUGAUGAUCCUUAUGAUGAUAAUGUGGUGUUAAAGAAGCUUUUCCAUCCAAAUCUUAAGCUUUUGGUUGUAACUGAAGGGUCAGAUGGUUGCAGAUAUUACACUAAGGAAUUCAGGGGCAGGGUUGCUGGUGUCAAAGUUAAACCUGUUGACACAACUGGUGCUGGAGAUGCAUUUGUCAGUGGUAUUCUGAACAGCUUAGCUUCUGACCUAAAUCUUAUCCAGGAUGAGAAGCGAUUACGAGAAGCUCUAGAUUUUGCCAAUGCCUGUGGGGCCCUCACGGUGAUGGAGAGGGGAGCCAUUCCUGCCCUCCCCACGAAAGAAACUGUUCUCCAAUUCUUGUCGAAGGUUGCUGCAGGAUAAACCAAGACUGAAAUGCUAGUUCAUGUACUUUCUUUUCUUGAAUUAAGAUAACCUAAUGAGUUUCCUUGCCAAGGUAACUUGCUCCCUUUUAUUGUGUACUGCAUUACUCAAUAUGGAACUUUCCAUUCACAUUAAA